CCUUCUCAAGGCAGAGUACGUCAAGUACACUCCCCGCCGGGCACGCGCUGUAUAAGUAGGAGGGUCAGAGAGAGACUCUGAAUCAUUCAUCACCCACCAUUCUCCCGGCCGCCGGUUCUUUGGUUCUCUCCUGAAAUCUUCUGUCUGCGAGCUCGCACCGCAUCAGUCUCGCGGUAUCAUCUGUAGCAGUAGCAGUAGCAGAGGAGCAACAUGAAGCAAAAGAUGGUGAUCAGGGUGCACAUGACCUGCGACAAAUGCCGGUCCAAGGCAAUGGGCUUGGUUGCCUCCAUAUACGGAGUGGAGCGUGUGGAGAUACAGGGCGACGACAGGGACCGGCUGGCGGUGGUCGGCGACGGGGUGGACGCCGCCAACCUCACGGCCUGCCUGCGGAAGAAGGUGGGGAACGCGGACCUCCUCACGGUGGAGGCGGUCGUUCCCGAGAAGAAGCCGGCGCCGGCACCGGAGACCACCGAGGCUCCGUGGUGUCCCGGCUAUUACUCCUGGCCGGCAGCGGCCUACUCCCACUGCUAUCCGUACACGUACAGCAUGUAGUAAUCGCUUGUAUGUCUGCGGUAUUAUCGAAGAUUGAUCCAUGUAAUGAUUCCCAGGAAAAUGAAUUUUGAUCCAUGCA